AUGAACUCGCUCGCCGGAUACGGAUCCGACUCGGGCUCCGACACCGCCGAAGGCUCUACCGUGCGGACGUCGGCUGCUGCCUCCUCAUCAAAGCACCCCUCUAACGCUACAAAAAGGGGCAGGUCCUCUCCAUCCGAUGACGAAGCUGGAGAGAUCGAUGCCUCUGAUGCCUUCGGUCUAAAUGGUAUCAGAAGGCCAGAGCCAGCAGCUGGCAGUAGUUCAACUUCGCAUCCCAAGAGUAGCGCGACUGCCGCGUCUGGCCAGCCUGGCCAGGCAGGCAAUGGCACUGUUGCCGUUAGGACAGCGCCCGAGGUGAUCUUGGAUGACCCGAUGGCUCAGCGAGCUCUCUUGACACGGCCGACAGAUACGACGAUGCAUGUCAACAUUCCUUACUCGGACCUCUCUCUCCCAGUCGUGGGGCCCUCCAACCCAUACUCGCAUCGGAAGCUCGGCGCCUUGCAAAACUCGGUAAACGGGCAUUUCGAAGGUACUUCAAUGUCUGACUUUGAUUUUCGGAAUCAGCAGAGGACGUUCGACAAUCUUGGCUAUGCGAAGGACCCCAGCAUGUACACCGAUGGCAGCCAAGUCGCCGGGGGCUAUGUUGGUGAUGUUGCCAGAGCAAAACAGCUGGACGGCGCCUCGGCCUUGGAGCUCAGAGGAGGACUACAUUCAGAUCGCCAGGCUGCAAAGGAGCGGAAGAAGCAGAGGGUAGGACAGGAGGGUGAUACAUCUGUAGUGGAAGGCGAGGGGGCAUACGUUGGUCCAUGGGGCGGAUGGACAGGUGAGAAGGUCCAUGUCACCGAGGGCGUUGGUCCAAGUGAAGAGGAGAUGCAAAGAGCUGAGGAGCUGAGUACAGUGAGGAAGAAGGAGAAGAAGGAAAUGGAGGAAAGGCGAGCGAGAGAAGACGAACAGGGUACAGAGAAGAGCAUCUUCCAUGGCAAAUCAAUGUACGACUACCAAGGACGCACGUACCUCCAUAUACCAGGCGAUGUCGAGACGAAUCUGCAUGGAGAGUCUGGCACGCAGUCCUGCUUCAUUCCCAAGUCUUGCAUUCAUACCUGGACUGGCCAUACAAAGGGAGUCUCUGCUAUUAGGCUCUUCCCGGGAAGCGGCCACCUGAUGCUUAGCGCCAGUAUGGACACGAAGAUCAAGCUCUGGGAUGUCUACCACGAGGGCAACUGUCUGAGGACGUUCAUGGGCCACUCAAAGGCAGUACGAGACAUUCAAUUCUCGAAUGAUGGCAGGCGCUUCCUCUCGGCAGGCUAUGACCGUCAGAUGAAGCUAUGGGACACCGAAACUGGCCAAUGCUUGAAAGCUUUCUCCAAUGGAAAGGUGCCUUACUGCAUCAAGUUCCACCCAGAUGAAGACAAGCAAGACACCUUCCUGACAGGUAUGAGCGACAAAAAGAUCGUGCAGUACGACAUCAAGACGGGAGAGGUCACACAAGAGUAUGAUCAGCAUCUGGGUUCAGUCAACACCAUUACCUUUGUGGACGAGAACAGAAGAUUUGUGACUACGUCGGACGACAAGACCAUGAGGGCGUGGGACUUCGACAUUCCCGUCGUGAUCAAGCUGGUGGCAGAUCCGAUGAUGCACAGCAUGCCUGCUGUGACGCAGCAUCCAAACAAGAAAUGGCUCGCAUGUCAAUCCCUUGACAACUCGAUCUUGGCCUACUCCUCCGACUCUCUGCGACAGAAUCGCAAAAAGUUGUUCAAGGGCCAUGUAGUUGCAGGAUACGCCUGCGAGAUUGGCUUCAGCCCCGAUGGUCGCUUCAUCUCGUCUGGAGAUGGGGAGGGCAACCUGGUCUUCUGGGACUGGAAGAAUGGCAGGCUGUUGAAGAGGAUCCGGGCCCACAAGGAGGUUGUGAUCAGCCAUGCUUGGCUGCCGCACGAGACGAGCAAGGUCGUCACUGGCUCCUGGGACGGUACCAUCAAGCUGUGGGAUUGA